CUCAGCCACGUGCGCCCUCAAUCACCGCCGUCCAAUUCUCCCAAUUGUCAGAUCAUCAACUUCCGGUCCCACCCUCCCUCCUCUUCAUCACCGUCUUUAUACUGCAAUUUCCGGCUGUGUCCCUUUGACUCUCCUGAUUCCUCACUCUCUCUCUCUCUCUCCCCUCUGCCCUUUUCGGCUUUCGCGUUGUCCGCCACCGACUCGAAGGUCUGUGAAGCCCACGCUCUUCAACGGUCGGUGAUUUCGUCCGUACCAGGAGCGCGACUCCUUCUCUUUCUUUGUUCAUACUCAUCGUUGUUGUCAUCUUCUGCUGCUGUUCUUGGGAGACCUAAUCUAGGGUUCUUUCUUGCUUUCUGAAACUCUAAAAUCCAUUUCCAGGGGUUUUGGGUGGCUUUGUCAUUAGGCCUUGUGCUCGACCGCUCUCUUUGCUGAAUUUAUUUACCCGGAACAUGCGAUUUCAGCAUAUUUACUAUGAUUGAGAAGUCAAAGAACAGGAAAAGGGGCUCAAUCAGCGAAGACGACGUGUCUGCUCUCCUGGGAAGGUAUAAGGCGACGACGGUGCUUUCACUGCUUCAAGAAGUGGCUCAGUCUGCGGAUGCCAAGAUUGAUUGGAAUGCGCUGGUGAAGAAGACCUCAACUGGUAUUUCUGACGCAAGAGAGUAUCAGAUGCUAUGGCGACAUUUGGCUUAUCGCCAUUCCUUGCUCGAUAAGUUAGAAGAUGGGGCCGAACCUCUGGAUGAUGAUAGUGAUUUGGAGUAUGAAUUGGAAGCAUCCCCUGCUGUUAGUUGUGAAGCAUCAACUGAGGCUGCCGCAUGUGUGAAGGUACUCAUUGCUUCUGGUUUAGCAAGCGACUCCAGUGUCCCAAACAGCUCAACUAUUGAGGCUUCCUUAAUUAUAAGUAUACCCAAUGGGCAGCCAUCUAGAAAUUUCUCAGAAAACUCGCAACCAGCUUGUUCUGUGCAUGGGACACAUAUUGCUGUUCCAGUUUCUGUUCUGAAACAACCUCUACCUUCUGGGACGUCUGCUGAAGGAUUGGAUGCAAAUGGAGCAGCAAGCAGUAGUCUACCACCCCGAAAGAAAAGAAAACCUUGGACAGAAGCAGAGGAUAUGGAACUCAUUGCUGCUGUGCAGAAACGUGGUGAAGGUAGUUGGGCAAAUAUCUUGAAAGGAGAUUUCAAAGGGGAUAGAACUGCAUCACAACUAUCUCAGAGGUGGGCUAUUAUCAAGAAACGAUGUAAAAACUUGGAUGUGGGGGGAGCCAAAUCGAAUGGCCCACAAAUUUCUGAGGCACAGCUAGCAACACGUCGGGCAAUGUCCAUGGCCCUUAAUAUGCCAAUUGGUACUUUGUCUACAACUGCUUCAACCAGUAAUGGCGGGAUGAAUUCAAAUACUGCAUCUGGUUGCUCCACACGUCCUACAGCUGCCACUGUUACUGAAGCUGCAGGUGGUGGCGGUACUUCACAAUCCCAAAAUCAGUCUCAACAUGGUUCUGUCUCAGCAACACCUCAGGUGGGACCAUCGAGUUCAACACUGAAAUCCCGAGCAACCUCCAAAAAAGUGCCUACAAAGUCGGGUUAUAGCUCAGAUUCCAUGUUGAAAGCGACAGCAGUUGCUGCCGGGGCUCGCAUUGCAACUCAAAAUGAUGCUGCAGCACUGAUAAAAUCAGCAAAUGCUGUUCAUAUCAUGGGUCCUGGAGGAGGUUCUUUGAUCAAAUCAUCAUUGCCUGGAGGUUCAAACUCAGCGUCUGCUACUUAGGGUUGUACAAAGUUUACUGGUUAAACUGAAGGUCAGACCAAAAGCAAAUCGAUUCACAUUGUGGUUUGGUUUUUGGCUUUUCAUAUUUUAAAAUCAUGCUUCUUGGUUUCGGUUUCAGUUUUACAAGUAAACUGAAGCGAAAAGCUGAGUUAGGUUCCAGUUAGUUAAAUUUAAAAUUUUAAAUGCUAUUCUUUAGUUUAUUUGUUGGUUAGGAACUUACAUUUUAUUCUUACUAUUUUUAGCAUAGUAUAAUUAUGACCUUUAUGAAAAA